UCACUUUUUUCACGCAAAUUGUGGGGAAUUUCCUUUCUCUAAGUAAAUACAGUGCAAAAAUGCAGCAUGUAUAUAUAUAUGCGUGCAGAAAAGGAACACAGAACAAGAAUUUCUUCUAUCUGUAUCAUUGACAAAGUGAUUCGAACGAUGCAGGCAAAAUACUUAUUUUUGUUGGUGGCAGUUUUGAUAAGCGCAUUUGCUGCAGUUACAGUUGAUGCAGGAUUUGGUUGUCCUUUUGAUCAAAUGAGAUGCCAUAAUCACUGCAAAAGUGUGAGAUAUCGUGGAGGUUAUUGCACCAAUUUCUUGAAAAGAACCUGCAAGUGCUACGGAUGAGCUGUGAAUACUAGUUUACAUCAUCAAUUUUCCAUCAUUCCACAGAAAAACUUCUCUAUUUAAUUAAAGGAAGGAGGAUAUUCAAUUCCAAUUGCUCUGAUUGCUUUAAUUAAUAAUUUGCGUUGAUGAUA